AUGGAGUGGAACCAUCGACAUAGUGAUAAAGGUGCUGGCUACGGAGAUAAGAGGAUGGAGUUGGAAAGGGAGGGGCACGAGAAGCGUUGCUACAUAAACAACCCACAUGAUGUCUCACUCGACUACGCUUUGUUCAGAUCAAUAAACCUCAAACAUGACAACAACAUGGCUUACAACAAUAUCUUCGACGCAACCGUUGAUGCAUUUGUGUAUGCCAUGGUGAGAGAAGGGUUUGAAGGGAUUCCGGUGGUGGUGACGGAGACAGGUUGGCCAACGGUGGGCGGCGAAGCGGCGAGCGUUGAGAAUGCGUUGGAUUACAAUGGGAAUGUUGCGAGACGGGCGUUGAGCGAUCCAGUGUCGCGCAGGAACUGCAUGAGAGGAACCAUGGCCGGCAGGAGACUGUGGUCGAAAGCUCCGGAGGAAGGAUGGUAUGAACUGGACAAUAUCGUCGCUGCAUGGGAGGAUGAGAGCUUGAUUGUGUCAGCAACGCCUAGCAUAUGA